AAUCUAUUCUGAGUAUUAUUUUAUUAAUUAGGUUUACCGUUUAUGAUUUUUAUUUUUUAUUGUUGAAUUUUUAAAACUGAUGCUUUGCGCGAUCCACGCACAUAAAAUUGGUUUGGUGGAUAAUAUGAUUUUAAGGGUAAAGUGAGCUCAGUGAAAUCGUUGUGAUUUAAACUUGUAAACCUGUGAUCAGUGGGCCAGUCACCAGUGGCCAAGAACAACAAUCGGAGAUACACUUCUAAUUCUGAUCAACCUAACAUGUUCCAUCAGAUGCGCUUGAGCCUGUCAGAGUGUGGCGCUAUGCGAAUAGCAGGUGAUAAAUGGAUAAAAGCGACUGUGAGCAGAAAUUUCCCGAUCUUUGGAAGAGGCCAACAUCGUUACCGUGGAUCGAGCGCCGUGGUGGCUCGUGGACACCUUGUGCGAAGGGAAGGAGCAGGACUGCAAGGGACCUCCCACAGCCACUUGCUGCGUCGUUCUGACGAAAGGACAGCGUUGCAGAACUCGCUCAUAAAUCGGCCAUUAUCCGCAAAUGAUGUGGCCAGUGCUCGUUGUGUGUCGGGCUACCUCCUCCCCUUCCAGUCUGCCUACCCCGCGUCGCAGCCUCGCGCUCCGCUGCAUGCGCAGCAGCAGCGCGCCUUCCGUACCUCCGCGCCUUCACACUUGGCCUUUCCACCGCUGAUCGCUGCGCUGAUCCGGGUGGUAGGGAAGCCGGCUGCAGUCCUUGUUGGCAGGUAUGCUCGCAAAAUGUGGGCGGAAGUUCCCCCCGAAGAUCGGCAGCGUUACUUUAGACUCUACAAGCAUAAGCUCGCAGUGGCUGCUGGCUUGCUCGCUCUCUUCGCCUUCAUUUACUAUGAGAUGCACGUGGAGGAGACGCCCUUCACUAAGCGCAGAAGAUUCAUCGUUUUCACGCCAGAUCAGUUCGCCCAGAUUACCGAGCAGCAGCGCAACAUGAUUCUGGAGUCGAUGAAGGAGCAGUUGCUGCCGACACGGCACCCCGCCUACAAACAAGUCAAUCGAGUGGCCAUGCGCCUCGUCAAAUCCAACGUGGACAUCCCGCUCAUCCGCGAUCAGAAGUGGAGCGUCACGCUCAUAGGAAGUAAGGAGAAGAACGCCUUCGUCUUGCCGAGUGGGCACAUCUUCGUCUUCCUGGGAAUGCUUGAGAUGAUUGGCAACGAUGACCAGUUGGGUGUGGUUUUGGGACACGAAAUGGCGCAUGCUGUACUUGGCCACGGAAUGGAGCAGGUCAGCGUGAUGCAUUUUGUCGAUUACAUUCUCAUUGCGUUGAUGAGCGUUCUAUGGGCUGUUUUGCCUUCCGAUAUUAUUUCCGGGAUCACAACAUGGGUCAUGAACAAAGUCGUAGAUUUGUUGCUAAAUCUACCCUACGGCCGCCUGCUAGAGAACGAAGCCGACGAAGUGGGCUUGAUGCUGUCUGCCAAAGCCUGUUUCGACGUGCGCGAGAGUGUGGCCUUCUGGGAGCGCAUGCAGUUGGUUGGCGAGUUCGAGGGUGACGUCGCCGCACAGAUGCCUGAGUUCCUCAGUACACACCCUUCAAACUCCACCCGAGCGCAGACUCUGAACGCUUCGCUUCCACGGGCUAUAAAGCUUCGCACCGAGUGCAACUGCCCACCGUUGCCUGCCCGCAAUCCUUCUACGGAUGUGGCUAGUUUGAAAGCCAAACUUGAGCAGGCCAAAGUAGUCGACGAUCCGUGGAAACCAUAUGUCGUUGUCAUCAAAUAAAGCCUACAGAUUUUAGUUAAUUGAUUGUCUUUCUGCUACAAAAUUCUACAGUACCGGUUUACUGUUGUGCAUUUAAUUUUGUUAUACUUAUAACUAGUUUGUGGAGACACAGUUCUGUUGUCCUUUGACUUUUCCUGCUUUUAUUUUUAAUGUGUUUUUCUAAUAGAUUAUCGGGUGUGUGAAGCUUCCACUGUAACGGUGUAAUAGUUUUAUAUCAAAUAUCCCGCCGAAACGAUCAAUGUUAACUUACUGGGUGGUUGGUAUUAUACAGUACCUACGAGACGUGUAAUCAAAGAUUCAAAACCAUGUUACUUUUAAAGUU